UUAGAUUCCACGGAUUGGCUAAAGGCGUGUGUCAAGCACAGACGCACAUCCAGACCCACUUCGCCUCCCUCACCUACCUAGCUACUACCCUACGCAAACCAAUUACAGUGAGAGAGGGAGAUAGAGAGAGAGUUAGAGAGAGAGGGGCUCGCUGGCCGUGCAUCAGCAGAAAAUGGGCAUCACCGUUCACAACUCAACCGAUCUGGACCUCAUAAUUGAGGACUAUUACAUACAGGAUGCGGCCCGAAAUGUGGGCUAUUACGGCGGCUUAGAGUACUCCGUUCCCGCCCGUGGCCACAUGACUAUUCCCACCUCCGUCUUCAUUCAGAAUGUGUUGAAGCACUUGAAACCUCAAGAGGUUCAUCUCAGGAGUGGUGAAGAAACACUCAAAGUGUGGCUUGGUGAAGAUUUUGUAAACAACUCGGGGAAGGAGGUGUUCUUUGAGAUGAAAGAUGAGGGCACCGUGGGUGCGAGGUUUGUUGGAAGAAGUCCAAUAACCCUUUUUCAGCGCAUCUGGGGCAUGCUUCCUUUUCACGGAGCUGGAGCUACUAGAGAGAGAGAGAUGUUACGGUUGCAAAUCCUUGUUUAUCAGGAGUGACUCAAAUAGAGCAGUGAGAGCUGGAUGUCGAGAAAUAAAUUCGCAGCAGAUCCUUCCACUUGGUUAAUGUCAAGCAGAGUUGGGUUGAGUUGAGUUGAAUAAUGCAUCUAUGGUCAUAUAGCUAAUGAAUGUGGAGUAUUGUUUGUACGUAUGUUUGUAUGGGAGAUAUCUAUACAUUACAAGGCUGGAGCUAAUGUUUCAAUUUUUAAGUGUUGAAUCCAAGCUCAGUUAAUGAAGUGAAAGUAUUAAUUGAGCUUGAA